AUGUCCAAUGAACAACACCAUAAUGGACAACAACACUCACAACAACACUUCCAACAACACUCACAAUACCACCAAGGUGAACAACAUAGACCAAAAUAUGGCCCGCCUCAACACAUCAGGCCACGUCCAUACCAUGCCAUGCUUGAGUUGCUAGAAUCUCAAGCCAACAAGAAAUUGACUAAUGAAUACUGCACAGAGGUUGUUCAAACUUUGUCACAAUUGGAAGCAGCAUCUUCAGUCAACCCAGCAAUGAUUGAUUUACAACCAGAAAUUCAAUGGUUUAUGCGCCCCUUUUUGUUGGAUUUCUUGAUUGAAUUGCAUUCGUCCUUUAGAUUACAACCACAAACGUUAUUUCUCUGCUUGAACAUCAUUGAUCGUUAUUGUGCCAAGAGAAUUGUUUUCAAACGCCAUUACCAAUUGGUUGGAUGUACUGCAUUAUGGAUUGCUGGUAAGUAUGAAGAUAAGAAGUCCCGUGUUCCAACUUUAAAAGAAUUAUCAAUCAUGUGCCGUAACGCCUAUGACGAAGAAAUGUUUGUUCAAAUGGAGAUGCACAUCUUGAGCACUUUAGAAUGGUCCAUUGGUCACCCAACAUUGGAAGAUUGCUUGCAAUUGAGUAUUAGGCAUUCAAACAUAGUGAAUCCUACAAUUACUCCAUCAAAGUACAGUUUCCAAACCACACCGGACACAGCUAAUGUAACCAGCGGCGUGAAUGAACAAAUUACAAAGUCAGCCGCUGCUACUACCUUGAGUGCUGUUACUGCCGUGGGAAGAUUUUUGUGCGAGUUGGCCUUGUAUGACAAGUUUUUCUUACUGGUUCCUACAAGUUUAGUUGCAUUUACUGCCAAUUUGCUAGCCUGUUCCAUGUUGCAAAUUCCAAACGCAUCGAUUGCGUUUAAGGAGUUGUUGGAAAAUGUGUUGAUUGAGCCAAAGAGAAGACAGUAUCUUCAAAUCAAAUUGCAAAAGAGAUUGAAAAGGAAGCAAGAGCGUCAAUUGCGCAAGCAACUGCAAUUCCAACAGCAACAACAACACACCAAAUCUAAAUUUCAAAAUGUCGGUCCUGCUCCCAAGUUCCCAUUGAAACAAAAAUUAAAUACACUCUACUCAAACAACAAUGACAGUAACUACAGCCACCAAACCAAUAUCUACAGGCAUACCAGCAUUGCUGAUGACAUUGAUUUAGAUUACGCAGAAAGUGACCAAGAAGAUAUCGACACCGACAUUGAUGCUGAUGCAGAUGCCGUUAUCGACCACGACGCAUUGGACGAUGACGACGAAGUUGAGCCAGCUUUCAAUGAUACCAAUAAUACCACUUUUGAUUAUGACGAGGACCACGAAGAGAUUGAAAACAAGUUACCCGAAAUUCACGGUGCUUUCCUUAAUGGGUUGGAUGAAUCAACGUUGUUAACGAUUAAGCAAGUUGCUCUUUUGUUGAUCCUUCAAUUGAACAAAGUGACAGAGGUUUUGACGAAAAAAUAUGAGGAGGUUGGGGUGAUUCAUGUGGUGAAAAAGUUUAAUGAAAAGAACUCGUUUUUGAUUCAAUCAAUUUAUGAAAACAGGGAUAGAAUCAUUGCCGCUUGCGACUCAGCUGCCUCAUCAACAUCAUCAUCUUCAUCAUCAUCAACGACACCACCUCUUGAUUCUCGAUUCAUUCAAACUAUUGAAAUAUUAUUACAAUUUCCCCAAUUGAGUGAUCCCACAUUGGAUUCAGAUUCUGAGUCAGAUUCCGAGGACGACGAAGAAGAAGGAUAUUGUGUCAAUCCUUACUCUUCCUACAAAUCAUACGAGUCAGAUGAUUAUUUUAGUGUUAGGGGGAGUGGCGCUGGUCAUUUACGUACUCCGAAAUCACCAUACCCAUUUUUCGGACAAUCCACAUUGGGUUUUGACUCUUCACAACUGAUUAUUGCUCCACCAGUUACACCACCUUCGGCGACUUCCCAGUACUCAGUUUUCUCAAACAAGAGAUCAGGGGGCAGUCAAACGAAUAGUGUAACUUCGAACUGUAACACACCUACCCAUUUCCCCGUGCCCUCAUUUGCGUCAACUUCUGCACAGCAAUCACAGCAAUCACAGAUGCUGCAUCCGACUGUCAUGAUGGGUCUGCUGCAACUGCUGCUAAGUAGAACCAAAUCAAAAAUCAGAAAGAAACGCGCUAUGAUGCAAUCAUCGGCUACGAGCAUCAAUACUGCUGCUGGCAGUGGUGGUCCAUCAGUCAUGAUUCCGCCAGUGUUGCCGACGGUUGGAAUGGGGCACGAAGUGAGAUCAAAGGAGAACUUUUCCCCAAUAAAGCCUGUUGUGAGUAACGGUGCCAGCACUACUUUGAAUGCAAGUUCCCCAUUGAUGAAUCAGUACUUUUGA